UUGCCUCGUCUGGGCGAGCACCUGAAAUGUUUUGCUAGUUGUUUCUGAAAAGUUUGACGAUUUCGGGGGGGAAGAAAGGGCACACUUCAGCAAAAGACAAAAAUGCGAGUCAUUGCUGAGUCGACUACGGGAAGUUUGUGGAUUGUAUCUGUCGAUUUUUUUGGGGGGAGCUGAGUGAGUGUGAAGGGUUUACUACUCAAUCCAGGUGGGUGUCAGUAUGGAACGUCAACCAAAGACAGCCUGUCAAAAGGGACACAGGAAUUGUUCAAGAACGUCAUCUUUGGAAUUAUUGAACGAAUAAUCCAUUCAUUGCAUUAAAGACUGACAUGUCGCUGGAAAAGCCAACACUACAGCCAGCCAUACAAGCUGCCAUCGACCUCACUUCAGGGGCAAUGGGUGGAGUUGCUUGUGUCUAUACGGGACAACCAUUUGAUACUGUAAAAGUGAAGAUGCAGACUUUUCCCUACAUGUACAAAAAUGUGUUGGACUGUGCCGUAAAGACAUAUAAAGAACGCGGCGUUCGGGGUUUCUACCAAGGCACUACUCCUGCCCUGAUGGCUCAUAUAUCAGAGAAUGCUGUGCUGUUCCUGUCUUACGGAUUUUGCCAAAAGGUGGUGAGGAGUCUAUCUGGAAUGGACAGCAAAACAGAACUCAGUGAUAUACAGAAAGCUGCUUCUGGCUCACUGGCAUCCGUGUUCGCCUCACUGGCCAUCUGCCCAACAGAGCUGGUUAAAUGUCGCCUUCAAGCAAUGCACGAAAUGAAAACCUCAGGAAAGCUUACAGAAGGACACCCCAGUACUGUUUGGGCAGUGAUCAAAAACGUUCUGAAAACUGAUGGUCCUCUUGGCAUGUACCAAGGUCUGACAAGCACUUUGAUGAGGGAGAUGCCUGGCUACUUUUUCUUCUUUGGUGGUUAUGAACUGAGCCGCACUAUUUUCACACGUGCAGGCCAGACCAAAGAUGAUCUAGGUCCCAUUCCCUUGAUGGUGAGUGGUGGUUUUGGAGGUGCCUGCUUGUGGAUUGCUGUUUAUCCAAUUGACUGUGUGAAAUCACGUAUUCAGGUUCUCUCAAUGGCCGGUCAACAAGCUGGUUUCUUCAGUACAUUCAGAAAGAUUCUUAUGAAGGAAGGUAUCAAAGCAAUAUAUUCUGGAUUAACACCAACAAUGAUACGUGCAUUCCCUGCCAAUGGUGCACUGUUUCUGGCGUAUGAAAUGAGCAGGAAGGCUAUGAUGGACUACAUGAGAAACUGAGCUGCUUUAUGGAAAUGACUGAUGCCUUACUCCUAGGAAUUUGAUUGUGCUGAAUUUGAAACAUUAGGGCCCCAUCCAAAAAUUAAAACUGGAUAUUUGGUAUUCUACAUGGAAAAGAAUUCCUUGGCAGGAACUGGAUUCAUUCAAAAGCAACUAAACUUUAAAUUUGAAACACUUAAUUACUGCCAAAAUUGACAUUUUAUAAAGAUUCAAAAGUAUUUAAGUUCUGAGAAACCUUUUUCCUGUGGACAAGAGAAGCCUAAAAAUCCAAUAUCACAAAUCAAGCUGGAAGAGAAACAUUGUCAAUUUUUUUUUAUUAUUAAGAAAAGACGGGGCAGGUAACAAUGAGGUAGUUAUAUUGCUACACUUGUCUAAAUGUGGAAGCUGCCAAUCCUCACUCCUGUUUCCAAAAUGAAUGAUAUUAAAAGUAGUAGGAUGAUGUGUUCAAGGUCUUUA